GGCCCGCCCCUAUAUAGCGCCCGGUACCUGCGGACGCUCCGCCCCGCGCCGCUGCCGCCGCCGAGCUCCCGUGUCCCCCCGAAAACUUGCGCUGGGGUAUGUGGUAGCUGCCCACGCACACGGCUGCUGAGAGACCCUAUAAAAAUACAGCAGCUGCAGAAUCAAAUUCGUCUGGAGCAAGAAAGUGGCCAGUGGUAUCGUCAUCAACAUCAACCUGAUCAUCAGCAGCACUCUCCCUCUUCUCCUUUCUUUCCUCCCCCUCCCUCCUUCCAAGAGCUUGAGUCCAGCCAGUCUGUCACCUCUCCUGUGCCAAUGAGUAUUCUUAACUCUCAUACUUCCCCAACAAUGCAGUCCUCUGGCUCCUUUAACUAUGCUCGGCCUAAGCAGUUCAUUGCUGCUCAGAACAUCAGCCCUGCUUCGGGUUAUGUCACUCCAUCUUCAGGAUCAUCUACAUCCAGCCUUCCUUCUCCUAUGUCUCCAAUUGCUUCUCAGAAGCAGUUUGGGAGAGUGCCUGUUCCCCCUUUCUCUCAGCAAUUUGCUCCAGAAGGGGAGUACACCUGGUCUCCUUCUUCUCCAUCCCCUCCACCCCCACCUCCACCUGUCUUUAGUCCAACUGUGACAUAUCCAGUGUGCGAUUCCUUUCCACUUCCACCUCCUCCACCUCCUCCUCUUCCUUCACUUUCCUCACCUUCCCACAGCCUGUCUCCAGCUCCCAGAUUUCCUAAUUCCAGCCAGUCUCCAGCAGCUUUUCUCAGUUCCAUGCUGCCAUCCCAACCACCUCCUGUUUCUGUCAACGCAUUGGGCCUCCCAAAAGGAGUGACACCUCCGGGAUUUCCCAAGAAAACAGGAAGAACUGCUAGGAUAGCAUCAGAUGAAGAGAUUCAAGGGUCAAAAGAUGCUGUAAUUCAGGAUCUGGAAAGAAAACUUCGCUUCAAGGAAGACCUUUUGAACAAUGGGCAACCGAGAUUAACGUAUGAGGAGAAAAUGGCUCGUCGGUUGCUGGGAGCAGACAAUGCUGCAACUGUCUUCAACAUACAGGAACCAGAAGAGGAGCCUUCUAUACAGGAAGCUCGCUCUGUUGGUGCUUCUGUAGUGAGUCCUGCGGAUACUCAAAAGGAGUACAAAGUCUCUAGCUUUGAGCAAAGAUUGAUCAGUGAGAUUGAAUACAGACUGGAGAGAUCUCCUGUGGAAGAAUCUGAUGAUGAGGUGCAACAUGGAGAUGAACCCAUUGAUAACAGUAUGUCACCAUAUUUUGAGAUAAAGCUGAAGCAUUACAAAAUCUUUGAGGGAAUGCCAGUCACAUUUACAUGCAAAGUGGAAGGAAAUCCAAAGCCAAAGAUUUAUUGGUUUAAAGAUGGAAAGCAAAUUUCUAAACAAAGUGAUCACUACCGAAUUCAAAGAGAACCUGAUGGAACUUGCUCACUGCAUACUGCAGCCUCCACCCUGGAUGAUGAUGGGAAUUACACUAUUAUGGCUGCUAACCCACAGGGCAGAGUAAGUUGCACAGGCAGGCUGAUGGUUCAAGCUGUAAAUCAGAGAGGCCGCAGUCCUUGGUCACCUUCUGGUCAGCCUCACAUAAGAAGACCACGAUCUCGGUCAAGGGACAGUGGUGAAGAAAAUGAACCCAUUCAGGAACGAUUCUUCCGGCCUCAUUUUCUGCAGGCUCCUGGAGACCUGACUGUUCAAGAAGGAAAACUGUGCAGAAUGGACUGCAAGGUUAGUGGAUUACCAACUCCAGAUUUAAGCUGGCAACUUAAUGGAAGACCAAUUCGGCCUGACAGUUCUCACAAAAUGUUGGUGCGUGAGAAUGGUGUGCACUCCUUGAUCAUAGAACCAGUCACAGCCAGAGAUGCUGGAAUCUAUACAUGCACUGCCAGCAACCGAGCUGGUGAAAACACAUUCAGCCUGGAGCUCACUGUUGCAGCUAAGGAAGUACACAAAGCACCUAUGUUUAUAGAGAAGCUGCAAAACACAGGUGUGACUGAGGGGUUUCCAGUGCGACUGGAGUGUCGAAUCUCGGGGGAGCCAUCUCCUCAGAUAUUUUGGAAGAAAGAGAACGAGUCACUCACAUACAACACUGACCGAGUGAGCAUGCACCAGGAUAAUUACGGCUACAUUUGCCUGCUUAUUCAGGGAGCUACAAAGGAGGAUGCUGGUUGGUACACUGUGUCAGCUAAGAAUGAGGCUGGGAUUGUGUCUUGCACUGCCAGGUUGGAUGUUUAUACUCAGUGGCAACAACCCCCUCAGACAACCAAGCCAAAGAAGGUGCGGCCCUCAGCCAGCCGAUAUGCUGCACUUUGUGACCAAGGACUUGACAUCAAAGCAGCUUUCCAGCCUGAAGCAAACCCAGUCCACCUGACAGUGCCAUCUGGCUUGGUAGAAAGUGACGAUCUGUAGAUCCAGCUGCCACUUCCAUCAUUCUCUUUCAAAGCAGAAACACUGAAAGCCAUUGCCUUGACCAAUGAUAGUCCUAUAUCACUUUAUGCAAAGGCAGACACCUUCAAGUACAAAAGAUAAUCAACAACACAAUAACCAUAUAUUCCUUAUUCAUUAUACCAAAUUAGAAGAAUAGAUAGAUUAAUAGAAAAGUACACUUUGCAACACAAAAACACGUUCACCAGUUCCUUAUACCUAAGUUGCUUCAGCUCUUACAAAUAACCCUGAAAAGGGUUAUAAAGGCCAAAACACAUCAGAGAGACAGAUUUUUUUCAGAAGAGAACACUAUUGAUCACUACAUGCCUUCAAUAAGCAGUAAGUAGAUGCUACACAAUCUUAAUCAUGCAAGACGUUUUAUUUGAGGCCAUGAGAUUACAAAGAAAAUUAGAAUGUGUGGUUAUCUAUAGUUCUGAAAUGGCAACGCAUUCUGGUAGCUACCAUGAAUGUGUGCAAUACUGUAAGAAUAACACAGGAAGAGACAAGAAGAGAAAUGUGAGAAAAUGCUGUAUCUCUGCAAACUGCUUUGUGUUCUACAAUGAAAAAAUAUCUUGCCUCAAAUGCUGUCAGUAUGGACAAGUCCAUAAAGCAACAUCAACACUGUAACUUCAAAUUCUUCUAUAUUUUUCCUUUUUUGCCAUAUAGGAGGAGGCUUACCUACAAACCUACAGCAAAGACAUUUUAAGCAUAAGUAAAUUAACCUCUUCAAGACAACGAGGAAAAAGAGCUGACAUAUAAUAAGUCUACUCCAGACUAUAAAUAUUGGUAAUCAGAUAGGGAAAAAAUGCCUACAGCAUGAACCACUGCAGCAGGUUGCUGCAAGGGGGAGGAGGGGGACAGGGCAAGAGGUUGAAACUCUUUCUCAACUUCCUGAAGCCAAUCUGUAACUUAAUACUUCCAAUAAAAAAAUCUGGAAUGCAAAGGUGAGCUGAAAACUAGGGAGUGUAUGUGUGGUAUGAUUGACUGUUUAAAGUUUGUGUAAUGUGUGUGAGGGUUUUAGAAAUGUAUAGCAAGUGAAAAAUCGGUUGAGACUGCAAUAUGAAUUUAAAUUACAAGUAUAGACCACAGGUGAUAAACUUGCAGAUCUGAAGAUGUAGAAAAUUAAGAUGGACUAAAACAACAUUAAAUUUGGCCCUUUUUCUUUUUAUUGCUUCUUCUUACAUAGCAGCUAUCUCCAGUAUAUUUAACUUUUUUUCUUCUCCGGACUGUAGGCAAAUGACAGCUCUUUUAAAGGGUAGAGUCUGUGCGCCGUACAUGAAAAGCCUGAAGGCUGCUUUCAGAAUGCAAAUCAAAUCCACAUCAAACUGAAGCCCCACCUCAGUCAGACCUGACUAGGUAGUCUUAAAUUAGAACCAAAUGAAUUUCAGAUAAAAGGGAGGGAGGGAGGAAGGGAAGGAGGGAUGGAUGGGGGAAUUUCUAGGCCUUACAAGAAAAAUGAGCAUUUGAUGGUACGAGCAUACUUUGCUAUGAAAGGAAAACACUGUAUUCCUUAUAUGAAGCACAUAUAUGGUAUCUUUCAUUAUUUAUAAUAAAAGUGUUGAAAUCUUUUAUCUCAGUUCAGUUAUUCAGAAGUCCUGUACUUAGGUUGUUUGGUUUUAAAUUUUUUUUUUUAUUGUGUACACCAUAUAAUGCAUUACUGCUAUAUGUGUAUUGCUUUCAAAGUACACAGUGUUUUUGAGUUUUAGUGACUAAUAAACUUUAGCACAUAAGGUAGUAGUAUUCUGGUGAAGGAUAUGACCAGUUAUGGGGAUCGUUAAUCUAGGUUAACGUCAUAAUCUGUCAUGACCUGGGAAUAAUCUGAUUCUAUUCUAGAAAAAGUGUGUCAUAUAAUUUGCCAAAUUUUUCUCAACUUGACAUGCUAAUUUCCUUUUUUGUCUAGCUUCACUAGCAUUAUUUUGCCACCUUUUAUUUGUAUUUAUAAAAAAAUGUAUUAUCAUUACUUUGAAUUGUUGUGCUGAUAUAAUGUGGGUUUAACAUCAAUAAAUAUUACACAAAUA